CAGGACCUGUGUGAUGUAAUGAUCUCAGCAUGGAGCAGGACCUGUGUGAUGUAAUGAUCUCAGCAUGGAGCAGGACCUGUACUGUAAUGAUCUCAGCAUGGAGCAGGACCUGUACUGUAAUGAUCUCAGCAUGGAGCAGGACCUGUGUGAUGUAAUGAUCUCAGCAUGGAGCAGGAUUAAGUCCAUGCCAUGAAGAGCUGAGUCUGUUAGGACCAAAAGAAAAGUCUUACUCAGUAUUAGUAUAAUAGAGUAAUAGAGUAAAGAAAGAAAGAAGAAAAAGAAAUGUGAAGUCUAUAAACAAACUCUUGUCCUGUUUACUUUAUAAAUCACACGCUUUAACUGGCAGGGAUUGCUAUUUCGCUGCAGACGGUCAAUGUGAUUGGUCCAACUUUCUGACUGGCACACGGAUGAACCAAUGAGAACUCUGUAACGUUCCACUCGUGACGUCACAGCGCCAUAAAAGCGGAAGCGUAUUAUCCGAAUGGAACCGUGAGGAUCCGCCAUCAGCAGCCGGAGACGUGAACACAACGGGAUUAAAUUAUAAACCCGGCUUUAAUUCGCUUCUGUCAUACUUUAUAUGCCGCCCGGAGCGUUUUAGACGGAGUGUUAAGGAUUCCGUGGCUUCUUUACCGAGGUUUUGUGCUUUAUUGAGUUUUGUGAAGGUAAAUCAUGGAGGUUUUGUGGAGCUCAGUGACGGAGGUGUCCUUAAGGAACAGCCCACAGCAGCUGAAACAGGAGGAAGGGCAGCAGGAAUUUCAGGACUUUUUCCUGCCAACGAUGCAACCCAUGUCCACAUUGAUGCAACACCUUGAAGACAGUUCUGGAGAAACACACAAACUCCAGGAAGAUGUGAACAGUUUGAUACUUGACAUUAAAACAGAACCAGAUCUAUUGGAUAUUGAAUCAUUUGUAUACGGUGAUGAGCGAGAAGAUUUACUGACCUCUAAAGACGGAUGGGAUUGCGACUCUGAACAGGGGGACGAGUUCACCAUCGAGCAAUGCGACGAUGGACGGAGCACGUUAACUAUUAUUAAAAAGGAGCCUCUGGAAGAAGACCUGCUUUUGUGUGGUGAGCUGCCACCAAACUGUAAACCUGAAUCAAUAGAAAUUUCUAAUAGUGAAGAAGAAGAAGAAGAAUGUGACAUAUCAUUAGAGGAAAGUGUGGAGGUAAACGUGACAGGCGAGUGCUCCUACCUGCCCUCUGCUAAAGUCUUUAAGUCAUGCUCUGAAUGUGGAAAGGUGUUUUCUACCUCAUCCUCCUAUAACAGGCACAUGAGGAUACACAGGGGUGAACGGCCUUUCCAGUGCUUUCAGUGCAAUAAGACAUUCACCCAAUUCUCUUCGUUUAAAAUCCAUCAGAGGAUACACACAGGAGAAAAGCCUUAUCACUGCUCCGAAUGUGGAAAAACUUUCAGCCGCUUAGACGCCCUCCACCUCCAUCAGAGAACUCAUACCGGAGAAAAGCCGUACCAGUGCGCUCACUGUCCCAAAACCUUCACUCGCCUACAUGUGCUUCAGAACCAUCAGAGGACGCAUACCGGCAUAAAGCCGUAUCAGUGCUCACACUGCGCUAAAACCUUUACACGCUUGUGCAGCUUUAAAAUACACACCAGAAGGCACACCGGGGAGAAACCGUACCUGUGUGGAACCUGCGGGAAACAGUUCGCGGAUGCCUCAAACCUGAAGAACCACCAGAGGGUACACACGAAAGAGCGGCCAUAUCAGUGCUCGCUGUGCAACAAGACCUUCAUUCAGCUGGGUCACCUGACUAGUCAUCGGAGAAAAACCCACAUUAUAGAGACAGUAACGGUCCUCUGACUGGGGAAGAGUUGCACCUUGUUCUCUUUAUCUACAUCUAGGCUUGAGUGCCACAGCCGUGUUGGGUAUUGUUGCUGACCCCGUGACCUUUCAAUAACAGGAUGAACUGAAGAUUCAAAGCAGGAAUUGCAUGAGGUAAAAGCAUCGAACAGUUUCAAACAUCAUCUGGAAACCAUGGCAAGAAGAGUCGAACCUUAGCCAGCAUUGCCAUAAUGUUCCUAAUACAGUGUUCAGUGAAACAUCUAGUCUAGAAACAAACUCUUAAACAAAACACACACUCAAAGUGACACUUGGUGCAGACGAUCGAUCCGAAUGUUCUAACUACCUGUUUGACACGCAGCGAAACUAAUAAACCACAGCUACAAAGUACAUAUUUCUAAAUUGCUGGAUGUCCUCCGUAACUUUUCUGCAUGUAAACCCUGUAGAAUGACGUCACUUUUUAUACAGUGAUGAUAAGAGUGCUAAAUCUUCUAUCGCUAAAGCCAACAAUAUGGGACCAAAUACGAAAUGUCCAUUGGGAACAAUUCAUAACUUUUCAAGCCUGGUCCUGGAGAACAGCCGUCCUCCAAUUUAGGGUUCUAACAUGCACACUACCUCUUAAAGAUGGCUGUUCAUUUAGCUGAUUAUUUAAAUUAGGUGUUUUAGAACAUGGAACAUGGAAACCGAGGAUUCUCCAGAACCAGGAACACCUUCAAGUCAUUUUUCAGUUGAAACUAAAUUAAAAACCAUGUAGUGAAAUCUAGCAUUGUGGUAUAUUAUAAACCAAGAUGUUACAUCAGCACAAACCUGGUUGCCAAAUGUUUCUUCACAGUGUGAAUCUUGAUCAAAUUUCCCUCUGCAGGAUUUCCAGUGUAGCUGCAGUAGUCGCUUGAUUUAGAGAAAAGUGUCGGCACAUCCAGUGGAUAACACAGAGUUUGCUGUAUAGAAAAAUGAUCUUGAAUCCAUCUUAUUUUAAAGGGUCUAGAAGGUGACGGAGAAAUCCGGUGAUUCCAAAGCUUCCAGUGUGCCAACACUUUUGAACAGCUCAGAGAUUUCAAUCUCAUCAGUGUCCUCGAGCAGCUUUCAUGUGUUUGGUGAGUAUUGCAGUCCAUCAGCAGAUUCAGUAAUGAGUGCAGUCAGUAUCCACAGAUCCUCACACACUCCGUACAGCUGAGUUCACUUCAGAGUGAAGCCUGUUCACUGUACCACAUCUGGGAAAAUGUUGAAAAGCCGGAACAGUGCAGGGCUUCUUACUCGUCCGUCCUGAAGAACCAGCAGAAGACUCGACAGAAAAUACGCUUUAACUCUGCACAGGUUACAAAGCAACUGCUUUAGAGAAUAAAGAGCACAAUGUAAAGAUACACGGUUAACUCUCUACAUUGCACUGUGACAAAUUAGUGUAUCGGGUCCUCCAUAAAAAAUCCUUUCAUUCAAAUGCGCAUUUAUUUUACAAACCCACGUAAGGUGUCGUGGUGCAUUUGUAAUGACGGUAUAAGUAGGAAGCAAUGUUAUGCAUGUUAAGAAUGUAACAGGAAGUCGAGGCGGUGUUUAAACCUCAGCUAAUGUGCACGAUAAUGAUGGAAUAUUCUCAGUGUGUUGCGUAAUCAUGUCAUUACUUCUACAAUUCUUGUCAUUUUUUUUUUAUUUUAAUCCUUCUACAAUAAAAAAAUAACGUUUAAAUUUCUUGAUAAACUAAAAAGAGUGACAGUGUGCUCACAAAUUGUUCUUGCCCUCAACAAAGACUGAAUCUUACACCAAAGUGACUGUACAUGAGGUCAGUUUUAUUUUCCUAUUUUGUUUUACAGUAGCUUUCCAUAGAACAGAAAUAUGUCACGACACGUUUUUCUUUGGUUUAUUAUGAGAAGCUUUUAUUUACUUUUAUUUAUUAUUUAUUUAAUCUUUAUAUAUAUAUAUAUAUAAUCUGAAACAGUACACAGUGAUAUGGAUCAUGAAGCUACACAGAGCUACACAGCAAAGAGAUAAGGACUUAAAGUAAGUUAAUCCUAGACACAAAGUGUAUCUGUACAUCACUAGAUUAAAUAUCUGCUACUGUAUUGUAUUUCAUGCCCUUCA